GUAAGAGGACUUUUUCCUGAGGGAGGAGUUGCAGAAACACUCCUUAUUUGGAGAACGCCUGGUCACAUGGGGGCAGAAUCUAAGCGAUAGAGAUGAGCGAGACGUAACAGGAGAGAACACAUCGAACUGUGCCUUGAGAUGUUGAGCGGGACUAAGGACGUUGAUUUUCUCAGGCUAGAGUCAAUACAGUGAGGGGAUAAAAUGCCCACCAACUUCACUGUGGUCCCUGUGGAGGAUGGCGGGGCCGGGAAGUCAAGUCUCGAACUUGUGUUUAGUGAGGAAGAUAUUACUCCACGACGACCCUAUUCAGGAGAUAACACUCCCAGAGAGAGCAGCCCUUUCAUCAACAACACUGACCAUGACCGAGGAAACUACUACGAUGGCAAGAACAUGGCUCUCUUUGAGGAAGAGAUUGAGAGCAACCCCAUGGUGUCCUCUCUCCUCAACAAGCUGGCCAACUACACUAACCUCACCCAGGGCGUCACUGAGCACGAGGAAUAUGAGAAUGAGGAUGGGGUCACAAAGAUUGCAGUCAAGAGUUCUCAGAUGGGCACCUUCAUCGGUGUGUACCUGCCCUGCAUGCAGAACAUCCUCGGAGUCAUCCUCUUCCUGCGUCUCACCUGGAUUGUAGGCACCGCUGGAAUCAUGGAGUCCUUCGCUAUUGUCGUCAUGUGCUGCACCUGUACCAUGCUGACAGCGAUAUCAAUGAGCGCUAUUGCAACAAAUGGUGUAGUGCCAGCUGGAGGCUCCUACUACAUGAUCUCCAGGUCUUUGGGUCCAGAGUUUGGUGGGGCUGUGGGCUUGUGCUUCUACCUGGGCACCACAUUCGCUGGGUCCAUGUACAUUCUGGGUACCAUUGAAAUCCUACUGACGUACAUCGUGCCGAACACUGCAGUGUUUGUGGCGGAGAGGAAGGAGGACGAGACGGAGGCCUUGCUGAAUAACAUGCGUGUGUAUGGGACCUGCUGUCUGGCACUUAUGGCUCUAGUGGUGUUUGUGGGGGUCAAAUAUGUCAACAAGCUGGCCCUGGUCUUCCUGGCCUGUGUGGUGCUCUCCAUCAUGGCCAUCUACGCCGGAGUCAUCAAGACCGUCAUAGAACCACCCAACUAUCCAAUCUGUCUCCUGGGGAACCGUUCCUUGCAGAACCACAACUUUGAGAAGUGUAUGAAGACGGAGGUGAUCAAGAACGUGACGUACACCACCGAGCUGUGGAAGCUGUUCUGUGGCAGCCCCCACCUCAACGCUACCUGUGAUGAAUAUUUUACCCUGAACAACUUGACUGAGAUCCAGGGCAUCCCAGGCCUGCUCAGCGGGGUCAUCAAAGAUAACAUGUGGGGUGAGUACGGGCCCAGUGGGAUGUUGGUAGAGAAGAAGAAUCAGUCUUCUGUCCCAGUCCAGGAUAACUCCAGAGAUAUCUACAAGCCUUACAUCUUCAACGACAUCUCCACUUUCUUCACUCUGCUGGUGGGAAUCUACUUCCCCUCUGUCACAGGAAUCAUGGCGGGCUCCAACAGAUCUGGAGACCUGAGAGAUGCCCAGAGAUCGAUUCCCAUCGGCACCAUCCUGGCCAUAGCAACCACUUCUUUUAUUUACAUGACCUGUGUGGUCCUAUUUGGUGCCUGUAUCGAGGGUGUCGUUUUGAGAGACAAAUUUGGGGACUCGGUUAAGAAGAACUUGGUGAUUGGAACUCUGGCAUGGCCUUCUCCGUGGGUAAUCGUGAUUGGCUCCUUCUUCUCCUGCUGUGGUGCAGGGCUGCAGAGCCUCACCGGCGCCCCUCGCCUGCUGCAGGCCAUAGCACGCGAUGGGAUCGUCCCCUUUCUGCAGGUGUUUGGUCAUGGUAAAGCCAAUGGGGAACCUACCUGGGCCCUCUUGAUGACUGUUGGUAUCUGUGAGAUUGGAAUCCUCAUUGCAUCACUGGAUGCUGUUGCCCCCAUUCUCUCAAUGUUUUUCCUGAUGUGUUACCUGUUUGUCAACCUAGCCUGUGCCGUCCAGACACUGCUACGCACUCCCAACUGGAGGCCCAGGUUUAAGUUUUACCACUGGACUCUGUCAUUCCUGGGGAUGAGUCUCUGUCUCUCCCUCAUGUUCAUCUCCUCCUGGUACUAUGCCCUGGUAGCCAUGUCCAUUGCAGGAUGCAUCUAUAAGUACAUUGAGUACAGAGGGGCAGAGAAGGAGUGGGGAGACGGGAUCAGAGGGCUGUCCCUGAACGCUGCUCGCUACGCUCUGAUCCGCCUGGAGGAGGUGCCAACACACACUAAGAACUGGAGGCCUCAGCUACUGGUGCUACUGAAGUUGGAUUCAGACCUGGGGGUGAAACACCCUCGUCUGCUGUCCUUCACCACCCAGCUGAAGGCAGGGAAAGGCCUGACCAUCGUCAGCUCUGUGCUUGAGGGCACCUACAUGACCCUGGGAGCUGAGGCCAAGAGCGCAGAGCAGAACGUUAAGUCGGCCAUGCACCUGGAGCGUACCAAAGGUUUCUGCCACGUGGUGGUAUCCUCUAACCUGCGGGAUGGUUUCUCCCACCUGAUCCAGUCGGCAGGGCUGGGGGGCAUGAAACACAACGCCGUUCUCAUGGCCUGGCCUGGGGGCUGGAAACAGGCUGAGGACUCCUACCCCUGGAAGAACUUCAUUGAGACAGUGAGAGAGACUACGUCAGCCCAUCAGGCCCUGUUGGUUGCUAAGAACAUUGACAAGUUCCCCUGCAACCAGGACCGCCUGGGGGAGGGCACCAUAGACGUGUGGUGGAUUGUUCAUGAUGGAGGUCUUCUCAUGCUGCUGCCUUUCUUACUGCGCCAACACAAGGUGUGGAGGAAGUGUAAGAUGCGUAUCUUCACAGUGGCUCAGAUGAAUGACAACAGUAUUCAGAUGAAGAAGGACCUGCAGAUGUUCCUGUAUCACCUCCGUCUCAACGCUGUAGUGGAGGUGGUGGAGAUGCACGAUAGUGACAUUGCAGCCUUCACCUAUGAGAAGACCCUGGUGAUGGAGCAGCGCUCUCAGAUGCUGAAACAGAUGCAGCUGUCCAGAACCGAGCGGGAGAGAGAGAUUCAGAGCAUCACAGACGAGUCACGUAACUCCAUCGAGAAGAAGAAGUCCUCUGUGGUGGAGACACUACAGGCCUCAAAUACACUACAGGUCCCAAGCCUGUCCAUAUCCAUGGACAUACGUGCUCAGCUGAUCACUAAACUGGGCACUAAGUCCAACCUCAGUGACACAGCUACCGCCACUCCCGACCACCAUGUCCACAUGACCUGGACCAAAGACAAGCUGAUCGCUGAGAGGAACCGUAAACGCGGCGAGCCGAACAUGGGCGUGAAGGACCUCUUCAAUAUGAAACCAGAGUGGGAGAGUCUGAACCAGUCUAACGUGAGGAGGAUGCACACCGCGGUCAAGUUGAAUGAGGUUGUGGUCAACAAAUCCCAGGGAGCUCAGCUGGUGCUGCUGAACAUGCCUGGACCGCCCAAAAACAAGGGUGGUGACGAGAAUUACAUGGAGUUUCUGGAGGUUCUUAUGGAUGGACUGGACCGUGUGCUGCUGGUACGUGGCGGAGGCAGGGAGGUGAUAACAAUCUAUUCCUAGCGCCAACAGACACGGGCGGGUAUGGUGCAGCCUCAGAGAAUCCGGCGAGGUCAUCCGGACAAAUGGCUGGGCCUCAGCCUCCACCACAGUGCCAGGAGAGGAGUGGUUCGCCCCUAUACUGUAGUAUGGGAGGACAGUAGGGGGCUGCCUCCACACGCGGAGCAGACUAAGCACACACUGCUGCUGACUGGAGGACAACAGAGGGCACUCUGGAUAAUCUUUCCAUUUCUUAUUGUCAGUCGUUAGGAAUAGGAAUUCUUUCAGUAGAACAAAGUGCAUAAGUAAUGAUAUUAGGAUGGAUAGAGAUGACCUCGGAUGACAUGGCUCAGGACUCUAUGUAGUAUGGUCUAGCCUAGCUGACAUAGGAUGUAGCUUGUAAGUCCAGAUAGUAGACGGGUGUUUAAAUCCCAGGUUAGGCAGCCUACUGUGGUUGUGCUCUGGAGUGAGCCACUUGCCCUGUAGUGCACUACUUUUGACGAGAGCUCUUAUGGGCCCUGGUUAAAUGUAAUGCACUAUAUCGGGAAUAGGGUGCCGUUUGGCAGAACUGGCCUUAGGCAUAAGCGGUCGCGUUGGGCCCCACAGCCUCUUGUGAACAAAAAAGGAACUUAGUCAGGGUCUCAACUUUCUGUUAUAUACAAGGUGAAAUUUGGUUGUGCGUCAUUAUUUCAGUCAUAGACCGUCAAUCGGUAAACAAUGUCAGCCCCCCAAAAAAUUGAUAGUUAUUUUUGUCAAUAUAUAUUUUCUUUUAGGUGGUAGAUCAGCUUUAAUAUCGCAGAUAGAUUGUGGCUUCCAAACCCCCAUAUAUUUUUAUAUAUAUUACACAGUACCAGUCAAAAGUUUGGACACGCCUACUCAUUCCAUGGUUUUUCUUUAUAUUUUACUAUUUUCUACAUUGUAGAAUAAUAGUGAAGACAUCAGAACUAUGAAAUAACACACACCCGCCUACUCAUUCCAUGGUUUUUCUUUAUAUUUUACUAUUUUCUACAUUGUAGAAUAAUAGUGAAGACAUCAGAACUAUGAAAUAACACACAUGGAAUCAUGUUGUAACCAACAAUGUGUUAAACAAAACAAAAUAUAUAUUUUAGAUUCUUCAAAGUAGCCACCCUUUGCCUUAAUGAUAGCUUUGCACACUCUUGGCAUUCUCUCAACCAACUUCAUGAGGUAGUACCCUGGAAUGAAUUUCAAUUAACAGGUGUGCCUCGUUAAAAGUUAUUUUGUGGAAUUUCUUUCCUUAGUGCGUUUGAGACCAUCAGUUAUGUUGUGACAAGGAAGGGGUUUUAUACAGAAGAUAGCCCUAUUUGGUAAAAGACAAAGUCCAUAUUAUGGCAAAAGCAGCUUAAAUAAGAAAAGAGAAACAACAGUCCACCAUUACUUUGUAAGACAUGAAGGUCAGUCCAUCCGGAAAAGUUUUUUCAAGUGUAGUCGCAAAAAUCAACAAGCACUGUGAUGAAACUGGCUCUCAUGAGGACCGCCACAGGAAAGGAAGACCCAGAGUUACCUCUGCUGCAGAGGAUAAGUCAUUCGAGUUAACUGCACCUCAGAUUGCUGUCCAAAUAAAUGUUUCACAAAGUUCAAGUAACAGACAGACAUCUCAACAUCAACUGUUUAGAGACUGCGUAAAUCAGGCCUUCAUGGUCGAAUCCUGCAUAUAAACUACUAUUAAAGGACACCAACAAGAAGAAGAGACUUGCUUGGGCCAAGAAACACGAGAAAUGGACGUUAGAAUGGUAAAAGUCUGUACUUUGGUCUGCAGCGAUACUCCAUCCCAUCUGGUUUGCGCUUAGUGGGACUAUCAUUUGUUUUUCAACAGGGCAAUGACCCAAAACACACCUCCAUGCUGUGUAUGCACUAGUUGACUAAUAAGAGUGAUAGAGUGCUGCAUCAGAUGACUUGGCCACCACAAUCACCCGACCUCAGCCCAUUUGAGAUAGUCUGGGAUGUUGGACCGCUGAGUGAAGGAAAAGCAGUACUCAGCAUAUGUGGGAUCUCCUUCAAGACUGUUGAAAAAGCCUUCCUAAUAGUUUUGAUGUCUUCACUAUUGUUCUACAAUGUAGAAAUAGUAAAACAUCAAUUAAAAAAACCUUGAAUGAGUAGCUGUGUCCCAAACUUUUGUGUGUGUGAGAGAAGUUGUAAGUUUACAUACACCUUAGCCAAAUACAUUUAAACUCUGUUUUUCACAAUUCCUGACAUUCAAUUCUUGUAAAAAUUCCCUGUCUUAGGUCAUUUAGGAUCCCCACUUUAUUUAAAGAAUGUGAAAUGUCAGAAUGAUAGUAGAGAGAAUUAUUUAUUUUAGCUUUAAUUUUUCAUCACAUUCCCAGUGGGUCAGAAGUUUCCCUUCACUCAAUUAGUAUUUGGUAGCAUUGCCUUUAAAUUGUUUAACUUGGGUCAAACGUUUCAGGUAACCUUCCACGAGCUUCCCACAAUAAGUUUGGUGAAUUUUGGCCCAUUCCUCCUGACAGAGCUGGUGUAACUGAGUCAGGUUUGUAAGCCUCCUUGCUCGCACACGCUUUUUCAGUUCUGUCCACAAAUGUUCUAUAGGAUUGAGGUCAGGGCUUUGUGAUGGCCAUUCCAAUACCUUUAUUGUCCUUAAGCCAUUUUGCCACAACUUUGGAAGUAUGCUUGGGAGCAUUGUCCAUUUGGAAGACCCAUUUGCGCCCAAGCUUCAACUUCCUGACUGAUGUCUUGAGAUGUUGCUUCAAUAUAUCCACAUAAUUUCCCUCCCUCAUAAUGCCAUCUAUUUUGUGAAUUGCACUUGUCCCUCCUAUAGCAAAGCGCCCACACAACAUGAUGCUGCCAGGUUUGUAGGCCUCCUUGCUCGCACACGCUUUUAACAUUCCUGUGCUUCACGGUUAGGAUGGUGUUCUUUGACUUGCAAGCCUCCCCCUAUUUCCUCCAAACAUAACAAUGGUCAUUAUGGCCAAACAGUUCUAUUUUUGUUUCAUCAGCCCAGAGAACAUUUCUCCAAAAAGUACGAUCUUUGUCCCCAUGUGCAGUUGCAAACCGUAGUCUGGCUUUUUUUAUGGCGGUUUUGGAACAGUGGCUUCUUCCUUGCUGAGUGGCCUUUUAGGUUAUGUUAAUAUAGGACCCGUUUUACUGUGAAUAUGGAUACUUUUGUACCUGUUACCUCCAGCAUCUUCUUCUAACCAAAGUACGUUAAUCUCUAGGAGACAGAAUGCGUCUACUUCCUGAGUGUUAUGACGGCUGCGUGGUCCCAUGGUGUUUAUACUUGCGUACUAUUGUUUGUACAGAUGAAUGUGGUACCUUCAGGCAUUUGGAAACUGCUCCCAAGGAUGAACCAGACUUGUGGAGGUCUACAAUUUAUUUUCUGAGGUCUUGGCUGAUUUCUUUUGAUUUUCCCAUGAUGUCAUGCAAAGAGGCACUGAGUUUGAAGGUAGGCCUUGAAAUACAUCCACAGGUGCACCUCCCAAUUGACUAAAAUUAUGUUAAUUAGCAGAAGCUUCUAAAGCCAUUACAUCAUUUUCUGGAAUUUUCCAAGCUGUUUAAAGGCACAGUCAACUUAGUGUGUGUAAACUUCUGACCCACUGGAAUUGUGAUACAGUGAAUUAUAAGUAUUAUUAUCUGUCUGUAAACAAUUGUUGGAAAAAUGACUUGUCUCAUGCACCAAGUAGAUGUCCUAACCGACUUGCCAUAACUAUAGUUUGUUAACAAAUUUGUGGAGUGGUUGAAAAACAAGUUUUAAUGACUUCAACUUAAGUGUAUGUAAACUUCCGACUUCAACUGUAUGAAUGUAAUUGUUUUUGUUAUCCUUCAGCUACCCUCAAUCCCUCGCAUCUAUCUCUAAGACCUUCUAUUGGCCAUAUAUUUUUAACUGUGCUGUUUCACAAAAGUUAUGAACCUAUGUACAUUUUAGGGAAACAGUAUAUUUUACAUGAGUUGUCUUGUUACUUUUAGUCCCAGCCUUCAGCUCCACUCAACCCUUUCCAUAUAUCUCUGAACACCAUCCAGUUUCUAUUUGCCAUUUAUUUUUCAGCUGUGAUGUUUCACAAAAGUUCUGAAAUGUUAUAUUAUUAGUUUCUACACAUUAUAAAUUAAAGAAACAUUUUUGGUAAGAGUAUUAUUAUAUUAUUGAUCGGUUGACUAUAACUUUUCAAAUUAGCUAGCAGUGCUAUUUGUAGUUAGCUCCAGGUAAAUGUUGCAAUUCAAGAGCCAUCCCUGAACCUGCUACCAAAAACAAGAUGCAUAUUGACAGUACCAAAACAAAUGAUCUAAUGAUUCUCUUUGCAGCUGAAUGUGCAGAGCUGGGACGGUUGUGUCCCCCAUACAUAUUACGUUCUAUUGGUUGCAAGAUUUUUGUAUAAUAAUAUUAAUUGAAAAAAGUUUUGAAUCCGGAAUCGUUUUGUGUAUCAGUUCAUAAACCAUGUGCCAUGAAAUUGGUACAUCAAAAAUAUCUUCCCGACUACUUUGCAAUCUGUAUGGCACAGCUGUCAAUUUUUGCGAUCUUAAAUUAAACUGGUAUACUUUUUUAUUUAUCACAAUUUUCUUUAACCAAUUUUGGUCUUUGAAGGGCUGACAGAGAAGGGCUGACAGAGAAUGAAGGGCUGACAGAGAAGUUCCUUACAUUCUCCCCUUUCCACAUGCCUCUUCCAUGUUUGCGGUAAUGCUGCAAUUAGUUGGUUGUACAGCAGACAUUUCCAUAUAUUUUUGUUAGCUGCAUGUGUGACUCCACCAGUCCUAUUCAUAAUCCAAUUGUUUGUUUUUUUUAUCAAUCAGUAUAUUUGAGUUUAACCAUAAAAUGUGUUGUUAUAUUUGUUCUGUCUUUUCUGGUGGAUUAAACUGAAAUUGCAUCCAA